AUGGCUCCUGAUUACCCAAAAAACAUGGACAUGAAUCACCUGAUUUCCUUAAGCAAAGACGUCGUUAGGGUUUUGGAGGACCCUAACGAUCGUGACCUCAACGUCUUCUUCGAAUGUCUCCAACGCACAUUCCCCAUUUCUUCAACCUGCUACUCCGAUCUCAACGACACUGCCUCCUCUUUCCAAGAUUAUCAGAACAAAAUAAAUUCCCACAAGCAGAAAAUAGAGGAUGCUAGAUCCGAGACUGUUGCUAAUGCAGAACUAGAGCUUCUGCAGAGAGAAUUGGAUGAAGAACUUGAAAAAGAGCGCUUGUUGAAAGAAGAGUUUAGAGCCAUUAGCAAUGAGUUUAAUGAUCUAGAACAGCAACAUAUUUCUAUCAAAGAGCAGAAAAAGAAGUUACUGAAACUCGAGCAAGAAAAGCAGAAGGAAGGGAUGCUACUUUCAAUGUAUGCUUCUGUCACCAGUAUUGUUCCAAACUCGGAUGAUCAAUCGAAAGUUUCAGGCUUAAUUAUUGAAAAGGGAAAGAAAACAGUGGAGAAAUUUGAAUACGACACGUCACAGAUGACUAUCUUUGAAGUAUGUAACGACAUCUGGAAAACAAUAAGUGAUUGA